AUGUCCCAGCUCCAGAGCUCCUGGGAAAUGCACCAGCAGAGCAUGGCGUAUCUUCCAGAUACAGACAUGGAGACCAUGGCUGCUAGCACAUCGCUUCCCGACCCAGCCGGCGAGUUUGACAGGAACGUGCCCCGUAUCUGUGGUGUCUGUGGGGACAGAGCCACUGGCUUUCACUUCAAUGCCAUGACCUGCGAAGGCUGCAAGGGCUUCUUCAGGAGAAGCAUGAAGAGGAAAGCGAUGUUCACGUGCCCGUUCAAUGGUGACUGCAAAAUCACCAAGGAUAACCGGCGGCACUGCCAGGCGUGUCGACUGAAGCGCUGUGUGGACAUCGGCAUGAUGAAAGAAUUCAUCCUGACGGACGAAGAGGUUCAGAGGAAGCGUGAGAUGAUACUGAAGCGCAAGGAGGAGGAGGCACUCAAGGAGAGCCUGAAGCCCAAACUCUCAGAGGAGCAGCAGAAAGUCAUCGACAUCCUCCUCGAGGCUCAUCGCAAAACCUAUGACCCCACGUACGCCGACUUCACCAAGUUUCGGCCCCCCGUGAGAAGCACCUCUAGCAACAAGGGGGCAGCAAGGUCUUCCUCCAUCCUCACCCAGGAUUUGUCCUCGGAGGACUCCACCGACCUCUUUGGCUCCGAUGCCUUCAGCACAUUUCCAGAGUCUGUGGAGCCCCAGAUGUUUUCGAACAUGGUCCUCUCCGAGGACAAUGACGAGAGCUCCUCCGUGAACAUCGACUUGUCCCACUUCUCCAUGCUCCCGCACUUGGCUGACCUGGUCAGCUACAGCAUACAGAAGGUGAUCGGCUUUGCUAAAAUGAUCCCAGGAUUCAGGUGAGACCUUUGCUCUCAGAUCCGAUGUCCAUUGCUGAAAUCCAGCGCCAUUGAGGUGAUCAUGCUGCGCUCGAACCAGUCCUUCACCCUCGAGGACAUGACGUGGACCUGCGGUAGCAAUGACUUCAAGUACAGGGUCAGCGACGUCACCCAAGCUGGCCACAGCAUGGACCUGCUCGAGCCGCUCGUGAAAUUCCAGAUUGGCUUGAAGAAGCUGAACCUUCACGAAGAAGAGCACGUGCUCCUCAUGGCCAUCUGCAUCCUGUCCCCAGAUCGCCCAGGCGUACAGGACACCUCGCUGGUGGAAUCCCUCCAGGAUCGCCUCUCGGAGAUCCUCCAGACCUACAUCCGCUGCAGGCACCCUCCUCCCGGCAGCCGCUUGCUCUACGCCAAGAUGAUCCAGAAGCUGGCCGACCUUCGGAGCCUGAACGAGCAGCACUCCAAGCAGUACCGCUGCCUCUCCUUCCAGCCCGAGCACAGCAUGCAGCUCACGCCGCUGGUGCUCGAGGUCUUCGGCAAUGAGAUAUCCUGACUCCGGCCGUGGGGUUGAGCACCCACUAUUAAAGGGAUAAGUCAGCCUGGCUUCCCCGAGGCAGCGAGUGGAGAGCUGCGACCCUGGGCAGGAGUUUUGUACAUAGACGGUUCGGUUUCACACUACUGGAGGUCCUGCUUUGUCUUCUCAGCCACGGCGGCCGAGGUUUGCUCGCUGCGGAGCAGUGACAGACCCAGAUCCGUGCGGUUUCCCCCUACUCUGUGAGCAGCUUUUCCGCUUCCCUGGCAUCUGCGAGAGCUGACUUGUCCCUUUAUGGAUAUUUUGAGGCUGGGCUGCCUCGAAUCCCUUCUUU